AUGAGUGUUCGGGAAUAUAGCAUGCAGUUCAACUCUUUGGCUAGGUAUGCUCCUACGAUUGUUGCUGAUAUGAGUGAUUUGGUACACCAAUUUGUUAGUGGUCUGAGGGUACACUUGAUAAAUGCGUGCAUUACAGCUUCUCUAAACCAAGGAAUGGAUAUUUCCCGUAUUCAAUCAUAUGCACAGGAUCUAGAGUAUCGCAAGAGGCAACAACGAGCCAAUCGAGAGCAUGAUAGAGCCAGGUCAUAUUAUGAGACAUUUUCCGAUGACAGUGGAGGGGGUAUGGCUCAGCCGACGGCAUCUGCAGGGGCUUCUUCUUCUUUUUCGGUAUGUCAUCCUAGGCAGAGUAUGCAAACAUCAGCUGGUAGGGGUAGGGGAAGAGUUGGAACUUCUAGUCCAGGAGAUCCUGGUUCUACAUUAUCAUAUAUCUCCCCCUUCGUUGCUAGUAAAUGGGAUAGAGAGCUUGAAUUGUUGCAUAAGUCAUUUGAGGUAUCUACACUAAUGGGUGAGUCUGUUGUAGUUAGACGGUUAUAUCGAAGUUGCGAUGUGAAGAUUCAUGACCGCCAUACGUUAGCUGAUUUUCAUGAGCUAGAAAUGGUUGAUUUUGAUAUCACUAUGGGUAUGGACUGGCUGGCUUCUUUUUAUGCCAAUGUAGAUUGCUGGACAAAGAUUGUUCGUUUUAAUUUUCCAAGUGAGCCUAUUAUUGAAUGGAAAGGUGAUGCUGCAGAGCCUAAUGGGAAGUUUAUUUUUUACCUUAAAGCUCGAAAGAUGAUUUUGAAGGGGUACACCUAUCAUUUGGUACGAGUGCAUGAUAUGGAGGUGAAAUCUCCAACCCUUCAAUCGGUUCCCGUCGUGAAUGAAUUUCUUGAUGUAUUUCCUGAUGAAAUUCCUGGUCUUCCUCCCGAAAGAGAAAUCGACUUUGCUAUUGAUGUGCUUCCAGAUACUCAGCCAAUAUCUAUUCCUCUAUAUAUAAUGGCUCCUACUGAGUUAAAAGAGAUGAAAACCCAAUUGAAGGAUCUUCUGAAUAAGGGCUUUAUCAGGCCCAGUAUUUCCCCCUGGGGUGCACCAAUGUUGUUUGUUCGUAUGAAGGACAGUUCGUUAAGAAUGUGUAUUGACUAUCGUCAGCUCAACAAAGUGACUAUCAAGAACAA